AUGCCAUACCCAGCCCGAGCUAAGAAGGAGAAGCAGGAAGAGGAGUAUCAGAAGUUUCUAGAUCAUAUCAAGGCUCUUCAAAUCAACAUACCCUUCAUUGAAGCCGUCAUGCAAAUGCCCAAAUAUGAAAAUUUCCUUAAGGAACUCCUCACUAAUAGAAAGAAGAUGGAAGAAGUAAAGAAGGUAGUCCUUAAUGAAAACUACUCAGCUGCUAUACUGAAUAAGCUACCAAAGAAGAAGGGUGACCCGGGGAGUUUGAUUUUACCUUGCCAAUUUGGCAACUUGGCUACCAUUCAUGCCUUAGCCGAUUCGGGAGCAAGUGUGAACCUAAUGCCAUAUUCAUUCUUCAAGAAGCUGGAUCUCCCGGAACCAAGGCCAAUUCGCAUGGCAAUUCACUUGGCAAACAAGACGGUCACUUUCCCAAGAGGCAUAUGCGAAGACUUACUAGUCAAGGUGGACAAAUUCGUCUUCCCGCUGAUUUCAUCAUUCUAG